UUUACUAUGGGUACUUGAGAUGAUAUUUUAUGAUAUAGUUUGAUACAAUCGAAAAGUAUACAUUAUACUAUACCUAUUUAGAUAUAUUUGCCGUUUCAAAACUACAAGAAUAAUCUUUACUUAUAUUUUAUAAAUUUGUAUUUAUAAUAAAAAAAAAAUGCAACCCCAAAUAAUAUUAUUGAAAGAAGGAACUGAUGUCAGCCAGGGCAAGCCUCAGCUGGUAUCAAACAUAAAUGCCUGUCAGCAGGUCGUUGAUGCCGUAAGAACAACUCUUGGUCCACGUGGAAUGGACAAGCUUAUUGUUGAUGCCAAUGGUAAAGGGACGAUUUCAAAUGACGGUGCAACUAUUCUUAAACUUUUGGACAUAGUUCACCCAGCAGCUAAAACUCUUGUUGACAUUGCAAAGUCUCAAGAUGCUGAGGUUGGUGAUGGUACAACAAGUGUUGUAUUGUUAGCUGGAGAAUUUUUGAAACAAAUAAAACCAUUUGUUGAAGAAGGUGUUCAUCCACGUAUCAUAAUAAAAUCUUUUAGAACUGGAUUAAAGAUAUCUAUUGACAGGAUUCAAGAAUUGAGUGUUAAAAUUGAAAAAUCAACAGCUGAAGAAAAACGUAGUUUGUUGGAAAAAUGCGCAGCAACAGCUCUGAAUUCAAAAUUAAUUCACCAGCAGAAAGAUUUCUUUAGUAAAAUGGUUGUUGACGCUGUUUUAUUGCUCGAUGAAUUAUUGCCACUCAAUAUGAUUGGUAUUAAAAAAGUAUCUGGUGGUGCACUAGAAGAUUCAGUUCUUGUAUCUGGAGUUGCUUUUAAAAAAACAUUUUCUUACGCUGGUUUUGAAAUGCAGCCUAAAAAAUACUCACCCUGUAAAAUAGCGAUGCUUAAUAUUGAAUUGGAGUUGAAGGCAGAACGUGACAAUGCUGAAAUACGUGUAGACAAUGUUGCCGAGUAUCAGAGAAUUGUGGAUGCUGAGUGGCAAAUUUUGUAUGAAAAACUUGAAAAAAUAGCCAAAAGCGGAGCUAAUGUUGUUUUAUCAAAGCUGCCUAUUGGAGAUGUUGCUACUCAAUAUUUUGCUGAUCGUGAUAUGUUCUGUGCUGGGCGAGUACCCGAUGAAGACCUUAAAAGAACCAUGAAGGCUUGUGGUGGUGCUGUUAUCACUACUGUAAAUGAUAUCAACGACUCUGUACUUGGAAAAUGUUCAACAUUUGAAGAAAAACAAAUUGGUGGUGAAAGAUUUAACAUUUUUGCUGGUUGCCCAAAAUCUAAAACUUGUACGUUUGUAUUACGUGGAGGAGCUGAACAAUUUUUAGAAGAAACCGAGCGAUCUUUACAUGAUGCAAUAAUGAUUGUCAGACGUAUGAUUAAAAAUGACGCAGUUGUUGCUGGUGGUGGAGCUAUUGAAAUCGAAUUAUCGCGUACACUACGUGAUCACUCACGCACAAUUGCUGGUAAAGAGCAACUUUUAAUUGGUGCAAUUGCUCGUGCUCUUGAAGUUAUACCACGACAGCUUUGCGACAAUGCUGGAUUUGAUGCGACUAAUAUUUUAAACAAAUUGCGCCAGAAACAUCAUCAAGGUAAAUGCUGGUUCGGCGUUGACAUUCUCAAUGAAGAUAUUGCUGACAAUAUGGAUGCCUGUGUCUGGGAACCAGCAGUUGUUAAAAUAAAUGCCCUUACAGCAGCCACUGAAGCUGCCUGUCUUAUUUUGUCAGUCGAUGAAACUAUCAAGAACCCACGUAGUGGUGGAGAUGCUCCUCAAAUGCCCAUGGGUCGUGGUAUUGGUCGACCAAUGUAAUUUUACAUCUCACUAUUUUUCACAUUUUCCCUUUUCCUCGUUCAUAAAAAAAAAAAAAAAAAUAAAUAAUAUUAACAUUUGCUUCAAUCAUUUAUAGCAAAUUAAUUUUUAUAAUUAAUACUGAUUCAUUUGUACUGGUUACUAUUAUAAUAAAUGCUAAUCAAACAUUUUAA